AUGCAUCUCUCAAUCCGUGCUCAGCGAGUUGCAAAUACCUCUGAAGAUGCAGUAAUCUGGAGAUUUAUGUCCAAUCUCUGGGGCCCAGAGGACAAUCCAGAUGGAUAUAUUAGCUUUGGAGUCGCUGAAAACAGGCUCAUGCAUGACGAGCUUUCCAAGCACAUCCAUGACAACAUUAAUCUCUCCCACAAGGAAUUCGCAUAUAGCGACAGUCCGUCUGGUUCUAAGCAGCUCAAGAAGGCUAUCUCCGACUUUUUGAAUCGAUACCUCAAGCCCGUCCGGCCUCUUGAGCACCGUCAUGUUUCUGUCACCAACAAAUGCAGUUCUGCAAUUGAGCAUCUUUCCUGGGCCUUGGUCAACGAGGGAGAGGCUUUUUUCCUACGACGACCUUAUUAUGGGAUGCUUUAUCCGGAUCUCACGCUUCGCUUUGGCAAUAAAAUCGUCACCAUCUCAUUUCACGAUAUCGAUCCUUUAUCUGAUGGUGCUAUAGAUGCCUACGAGAGAUACGUUAUAGACAGCCAAGCGAAUGGCCAAAAGGUCUCGGGGAUCAUCAUUAGCCACCCUCACAGCCCUCUAGGACGCUGCUACCCUCACCAAGUUCUCGUUGGGCUCAUGAAACUAUGCGGAAAGUACAAGUUACAUUUAAUCAGCGACGAAAUCUACGCCCUAUCUUCAAACCCAAUUCUCCACGAUGCGCUCGUUCCUGUAGGUGUGUAUAGCCAGGUGUCUUCCCUUUCGGAGCAUUUAACUAUCAACAUGCUUCAAUACUGCGCCCGGGUCGAGACCAACCGGAAGCGGCUGUCAAAGAUGUAUAGAAUUGUGGUCGAAUGGGCGAGGGGGCAUGAUAUUGAGUACGCACAUGGAAUUAAUGCAGCAUUUUUUGUGUGGGUGAACCUUGGCCAAUUUUACCGGCGUCAUCAUUUGCUGGCCAAGACAGCGGAUCUUGCGGGCGUUGUUGAACAGAGACUUCUUGAACGGCGAAUCUUUGUGGCUUCGGGAAAGGAUUUUGCAGCUGAGAACAAUGAUUGGUUCCGGAUUUUAUUUGGGCAAGAUAGUAAUAUGGGAAUUGCGGAAGCUCUCGAGUAUGUCACCAUAAUAAAAGCGGAAAUGCCCCGGGAAGACCGUCCUGGUCGACUGACAUCGCAGCAUCAGCUCAUUUUGGCAUAUCUAGCAAAUGGACAGACUGAGGAGGAGGAGGAGGAGGAGGAGGAGAAACGAAAACAGUAUCUUGUCGCAAUUAGGAUGGAAGUGCUCACAGAAGACUAUCCCGAUCGAUUGUCAUCGCAAUAUGAACCCGGCAUCACAUAUAACGUAAAUGAAGAGACUGAGGAGACAGUGAAGCUACUUGAAUAUUUUGUCACGAUACGAAGUGCUCGUAGAAGACCAACCUAG